ACGGGCUCUGCAUGUAGAUAUUUCUAUGUAUACAUAAUAGAUAUACUCCAUGUGUUGAUUUUAUGUACUCCAUGUGUGUGAUUACUAGCAAUAACAGAGCCGUUUGAACAGAUUUUCAGUGACCAAGAAGACUCCUUUAGUAGUCUUUUUCUUGGGGGGUUUUUCAAUGCCUGCUACAAAAUCACAUGAAGCGUCUUCUUCGGCUUCUCCUUGUAGCUACCAUGUGUUCUUGAGCUUCAGGGGCGAGGACACUCGCAAAACUUUCACUGAUCACCUCUACACAGCUUUGGACCAAGCCGGAUUUCGCACCUUCAGAGACGAUGAUGGCAUAGAAAAAGGUGAAGAUAUCAAGUCUGAACUCGAGAAAGCGAUUCAAGAGUCUAGGAUUUCGAUAAUAGUCUUCUCGAAGAACUAUGCCUCUUCAACUUGGUGCCUUGAAGAGCUUGUGAUGAUCCUCAAACGCAGGACUCUUGGACAUGUAGUUCUACCUGUCUUUUAUGAUGUGGAUCCGUCUGAAGUGAGGAAGCAAAUCGGCAAUUUCAAAGAAGCAUUUACGAGGCAUGAAGAGAAGCUCGAAUCAGAAACAGGCGAAUUGGCGAAAGAGAAAUUGAAGGAAAAGCUAGGAACAUGGAGGGCUGCGCUUAGAGAAGUUGCAAAUGUGGCUGGGAUGAAUUUACAAAAUCAAGUAGAUGGACAUGAGGCAAGGUUUAUCAAGAAAAUUAUAAAAGUGGUUGGAGACAAGCUAAGUCGCACUUCAUUGCACAUUGCCCCCAACUUGGUUGGAAUGCAUUCACGAGUCCAAAACAUUCAACUUUGGUUAGAAGAUGGGCUAAGUAAUGUUGGGUUAGUUGCAAUUUGUGGAAUGGGUGGAAUAGGCAAGACAACCACUGCAACAUUUUUGUACAAUUUGAACUUCUCUAGAUUUGAAGGUAGCAGUUUUAUUGCAGAUGUUAGAGAAAUUUCACAACAAGAAGACGGUUUGCUUCGUUUACAAAGACAGUUUCUUACAGACAUUUGUAAGACAAGGAAUGUAAAACUCAAUAAUAUUGCUGAAGGAACUGCUAUGAUUAAAGAUGCCAUAUGUGGCAAAAAAGUUUUUGUAGUUCUUGAUGAUGUGGAUACACGUGACCAAUUAGAUGCACUACUUGGAAUGCGAGGUUGGCUUUUUCCAGGAAGUAAAAUCAUCAUAACCACUAGGCGUGAGCGGUUGCUAGGGGCUUAUGAAUUCUAUAAGGCGCAUAGGCUUGAAAAUUUGAGUGACGAGGAAUCCUUGGAGCUCUUUAGCUGGCAUGCCUUUGGAAAAGGUAGUCCCAACAAUGGGUAUGAAGAGGUCUCAAAAAGGGUGGUAAGCUACUGUGGAGGGAUUCCAUUGGCAAUUAAAGUUCUAGGUUCUUCUCUAUCAGGGAAUUGCUUAAACGUAUGGAAAAGUCACUUGGAAAAAUUGAAAGCAAUUCCCGACAGUCAAAUCCUUGAAAAACUCCGAAUAAGCUAUGACUCUUUACAAGAUGACCAUGACAAGCAUCUAUUCCUCAAUCUUGCUUGUUUUUUCGUUGGAAGCGAUAAGGAUUCUACAGUUACAAUCUUAGACGGAUGUGAAUUUUACACAUUGGUUGGGAUUCAAAACCUUGUGGACAGAUGUCUAAUGUCUGUUGAUGAAAGUAGUACACUGGUAAUGCAUCAUUUGGUUCGAGAAAUGGGAAGAGAAAUCGUUCGUCAAGAGUCACCAAAGGAGCCAGGAAAGCGUAGCAUCCUUUGGAAUCACAAUGACACAUUUAAUGUUUUGAGAGAAAACACUGGCACAAGCGAAAUAGAAGGCCUCAAACUCGAUAUAUGUCUAUUGAAAGAGGAAGCAUAUGCUUGUACAGUUUUUGGUGACAAUAGAAAACGUCGCUAUGAAGACUUCCUUAGGAAGCCCUUAUGGUCAAAUUUGGGUGGUUGGUUCAAAAGGUAUGGCUUCUCCUCUCACCUCGAACCCACAGAUCCAGAAAAUUCAAAUCUAGUGGCUUUGGAAGUUGAUGCAUUUGCAAAGAUGAACAAACUAAAACUUCUGCAACUCAAUCGUGUAAAUAUUAGUGGGCCUUAUAAAAUGUUUCCCAAAGGAUUAAGAUGGUUGUGCUGGCGUGGAUUCCCACUUAAGUCCAUACCUGGUGAUUUCCCUUUGGAGAGAUUGGUUGCUCUUGACAUGCAAUACAACCGCUUAAUAAAUGUAUGGGAAGGAACUAAGUUUCUACGGUUGUUAAAAAUCCUCAAUCUAAGUCAUUCGUAUAGCCUUGCCAAAACUCCCGAUGUUUCAGAACUCCCCAAUCUUGAGAGGCUGGUGCUUAAAAAUUGUACAAGUUUGGUUGAAGUUCAUGAUUCCAUUGGAUGCCUUGAGAGUCUUGUUUUGUUAGAUUUGGAAGAUUGCAAAAAUUUGAGGAAUCUUCCGAGAAGCAUUUGUAUGCUAAAACAUUUGGAAACGCUUGUCAUCUCUGGUUGCUCAAAUCUCGACGGAUUGCCAACAAACAUGGGAAAUAUGGAGUCUCUAACUGUGCUUAAGGUAGAUGGAAUUGCUUUAAAUCAAUCUUUUCCUACCAAUGGGCAAGUAAACGCAGAGCAAUCUUUUAUCUGGCCUUGGCGGUUAAAGCCAAGAGAAAGUCUGGGGAUUUCGUGGCCUUCUUUACCACGGUCUUUGGUAGAAUUAAGUCUUAAGAAAUGUAAUCUUUCAGAGGAUGAUUUCCCCAUAGACCUUAGCAACCUAUGCUCCCUGAAGAAACUAGAUAUGUCGUUCAAUCAAAUUUGCAGCCUCCCAGAUUUUGUCAGAGGUCUUACUAAGCUUGAUUCUUUAAAUAUAAGUUUUUGCCCAAGGCUCCGCAAACUUGAUGGCGUCCCGCUGCUACGUUAUUUAAGUAAUGAUGAAAAUGGAUUGCUGGAGGAAGUAACGUUUCAAAUCCCGCACUAUCCAACAACCACUUGUCAUGUAGACACAUGCCACCAUCCAGAGACUUUGAGCUUAUUUAAAUUAGAAUCUAUAGAAAACGUUGAAGCUGAGAUUGUUAACAAUUUGGGAUUGCCGAACUUGCAAUCCAUGGAAAACCUAACUGUAAAGCUAACGACAUGGUUUGGCAUGCAAAAAAGGCGGUUUUCCCUUCAGGUGUUCUCUCUCUCUCUCUCUCUCUCUCUCUCUCUCUCUCUCUCUGUGUGUGUGUGUGUGUGUGUGUGUGUGUGUUGCUUAGAUUUUCUUUAUGUGAUGCAGGUAUGUUAUGAAACACAUAUAAUCUGCGCUUACAUUCCUGGUAGCAAGCUUCCACCUUGGUUCAGUUUUAAGAAUCUGGGAUCCUCAAUUGAUUUUAUUGUGCCUUCAUAUAUUAAUUCGAGGAUCCAAGGCUUGAAUUUGUGUUCAGUUUAUGAGCACUCUGGUGAUCCACACCUUGAUGAAGCACAUGCUAUCAUAAGUAAUAGGACGAAAGGCUUGGUUUGGAGCCAUUGCCCAUAUGUGUUUGGAACUGCAGAAGAUGGUGAAGAUACAAUGUGGUUAAGUUAUUGGAAGUUGGGAAAUCGUUUGGAAGGCGGAGAUGAAGUCAGUAUUUUAGUGCAUGCAGGUGCAUUUGAGCAUGUAAAGGAGGUUGGAGUCCGUCUAUUGUACGAAGAGGAACCAGAAGAGAUGAUCCGCUCCCAAUCAGCCUAUGGAAAUAUCGUUCCAGGAAUUGUUUCUGCACUUCAGCCGGGGACCAAAUUGUACCAACUCGGCCUUCAUCCUCCUGGGACCAAAUUGUACCAACUCGGCCUUCAUCCUCCUGCUUGCAAGUAUUGUGAACAUCUGUACCCUCCACCUUGGAUCCCUGCCACUCCUUACGAUUAUGAUCCUAAUUUGGAAUGUCGGGCUUCAGAACUUAUAAUGGGGAAACCAUUUUAUGUUUGAGACCUUGGGCGUUGAUUUAUUAAGCUUCAACAAUUUGUAUCAAAGAUAUUUAGUAGAUAAUCUGGUAAAAGUAUCUUUUACUUCUCAUUUGCUCUCGUGUAAUGUAUAUGAUACUGAAGAUUUCAUGAUACUACAAAUUUAGUGCAAUUUUGCAGGAAUGUGAUCGAA